AUGGAAGGGACAAGCAUUUUACUGAGAAUGGGUGCACCCGUCAAAGGCCCCGUGGCUCGCCUUCCUAGCGCAUCAGACUUCGCAGAAGAUUAUGGAUUCGAGGAUGAUUAUGGAAGUGCUUUGCAUUUUGCCACGAGCCCCGAAAUGGCUAAGUUCCUUAUAGACAACGGGGCUGAUGUGAACGAACUCUCCACACAUUGGAGGGCUCCAUUGCAAGUGGCCGUUGAAAACCGCGAUCUCGUGAUGGCCAAAAUGCUGCUCGUUUGUGGGGCAGAUGUCAAUGUGCGCGGAGACGAAUUUAUCGACCCCUAUAUUUCCUUUGCUACCCCUCUUCAUCACGCCCUUCACAACGACAUUGACGAUGCUUACUCUCCAAUGGCAAAGCUUCUUGUUGAGCGAGGGGCUAACCUUGCGCUGACUGAUAAUCGAGAUGAGACCCCUCUUUUCAUUGCCGUAACAUAUGAUGCUUAUUCGACAGCAAAGAUGCUACUCAAGCAUGAUGGUCCAGUCAAUGUGCCAAAACCUAGUGGGCAAACUCUCAUUUACAGAGCUUCAUCACAGGGUAAUAUUUCUUUAACAAUGUUCCUGCUUGACCACGGCGCAUCAGUCAAUAGCACUACUAUAUUGGGGAGAUCUCCAUUGGACGAAGCUUUAGAAAAUAAAAACAUCGCCCUGGUGUAG